AUGCAUCGUUUUCGCAAAAAAUCGGACGCGAAGCGGCCCAAUAAUCUACACCCCGUCUCAGUGGCUGAAUCUGUGGAUUCUUCUCGGGAACUUUACGAGACGAUUCCAGCUCCAACUUCGGCUCCAGACAGUCUCCCAGAACUACCAAGCUCAAGCGAUUUUCGCACUUCCCUCAUUCUUACCGAUCUUUCACGACGUUUCACCCUACUAAGCGCUGUUUCAACAGAGUCUGCUUCUGUUGACGCUCUCAGGCUUCGACUCGCUAGUCAACGGGCACGCGGGGCAGAGAAUCAAAUUUCGGAGGAGGAGGAGGACAUGGUGCUGUCAACAUUGGGUUUGGGCUCAAAGCAACCGACGGGAGAUGAGUUUUCAGUUGCCUCUACCUCCAACACCAGCCUUUCCAGCAAACGCUACAGCAAUAAUUUGUUUGGCUCCAAUCGUUUUCGCGACUACAGCUAUAUUCGCAGUGUUCAGAGUAAAGCUUCCAGCAUUCGCACAAUGGAUUCAACAAGGACCCACACUGCUUCGCACGAUAGUUUAGCCGGUCCUUCAGAAACCAACGAGACUUCCGUGGAGUCUCAGGGUGUCCGUUCUGCCCCGCUCAUUGCCCCAGCUCCAUACGGUGGUCAGCCGCUUUCUGUUGCCGAAUACCGACUUUCCAAAUCUCUAGGCCAUUCUGGUCUACGCCGAGCAUCGUUAGCUUUAGAGGAAGCCAUAAAAGCUAUCGAGGAGGAAGCAGAGGAUGAAAUAGUAAUGCCUCGGUCGGCACCCAUUACUCGGGGAAGUUUCGACAGAGAGACGAGAGAGCCAGAUAAUGAAGCUGGCAUGGCUAUAUCGUCUGACAAACAUAUCAGUUUGGAGCCAGAUUCGCCACGAGCAUCGCCAAUACCGUCACGCACAAUGCCCGGCUAUGUCCCUGGUAUGCCGCGACCAAUGACUCCCCGUGACACGAGCGACUUCGAUGAGCAACGAUCCUAUUCUACAACUCCUAGAGCAAGUUCGCCAACCGUAGUCUCGCCUUCGCCCAUUGUUCCAUCAAGACAGACAACAUUACCUCCCAGCCAUUCUCCUCGCCCUAAGUCUCCCAAUGUUUUGGCUUCGUCUCCCAUAUUCCUCCAACGCUCUUUAAAUGGACGAUACACCCCCGAGGAACCUCAGCAUGCUGAUUCCGAUGCAACCGCGUCUUUGCCAUGGCGUCGACCGACUUCCCCACUCUCGACCGCCUCGUUUCAACCAUUGGCUGUUCCUGUCAGACCAACCACGCCUUCAAAUGUCACGUGGACACCUAACGGCAACCCACGACACAAUCGAGAUGGCAGUUGGGCUAGCGAUUUCUCAGAAGCAUCUCCUUCCCGAUCCGUGCGAUCCCCAGCGCUGCCCGAUUCACCCCUUAUGGGCCCUGGACACACUAAUAUGAAUUCAUUUAGUUCGACCUUCUCGUCCACCUCUUCAGUCGACUUACCACGCCCAAUGUCUUCUAUCUCUGGGGUUGACCUGGGUUCCCCGGUCAUGGGAGGACACAGACCUUUGAGAUCACCAACUCCUACACAGAUUACCAGCCGCUCGCCGACCUCUGGCACGUUUUCUCUGAAUGAUGCAUCGCCUAAGAAUGGUAGCCGACGUUCCUCUAAUCAGAACACGCCAUCCACUCCUUUCACCCUUGGUCCAUUCCAGCCACUCUUCUCCCCGAUUGCAAAUUCCUCUCGAUCUUCCCUUGAGUCAGCUGGGUCUAGCUUUCACUCCUGGGACGUGGACAGGAAAGAUCAGACUGCCUCCCUCUUUGCCGAUGGAGAAGUUCCACGACCCAUAUGGCACGAGAUCUCCUCCGCUAAUGGCCAACAAAAUUCAGACUCUCCCAAUAGCUUUUCCGAUGAUGGCGAAGCUGAAGAGAUCAUCUUUAGCUACGCCGGUUUGAACAAAGUUGACUUCCAGUCCAUCCAGGAGAAACUUGUGACCGCUGCUGUUGCCAAAACGGCACCAGUCGAACUUCAGCCUCGUCGUUCUCCUUCUCUCCGCAGGCGGCGUCCAUCUACGUCGCAGUCGAAUUAUUCGCUGAACAAUGGUCGAAUUAUCAGUCCCUCGCCAACUGCUGUAGGACAAACGUUUGAGACAUAUCCCGGAAUAAUGAAUGGGAUAUUUGACGGUUUUUUGUCUCCGACAGCCCCCGUCGAUACUUCUGGCGAGGCUUCGCCCAACGGGCAGGCUCCUUCACCGACCCGUCGUGCACGUGAUCUUACACAUGUCCUAUUUGGCGAAAACUCUGCGCAGGUCUUGACCGUUGGUGGUGGGGAGCACGCACAGGUUCCUAAUUCUGCCCCACUCGAUGCAUCGUUUCCUCAUACCGAAGUUCCCCCCUCUUCUGCUUCCGCAACAUGGCCCUACCCCAUUUCCCGCAAUCCCUCCACUCCAAGGCUACCGCAAUCAGCAGAAGAGCAUGCCGAACUUGCCAGAGAGGUGCAAAGAAAAACUGAAGCUGCCAUGGUCAUGUUGCAGAAACAACCAUCAACAUCCAACCUCGCACUGCCCCACAAACCUCCGACGGCUCGUAAACGCAUAAGUCCCAGUCAGAUUUCGACCCCGCAACUGGUCUCAGCUUCCACCAGUGUAGAUACCAUCCCUCUACCUUCCCCCGCGUUAGGCGGCGGACCCUCCAAGAUUGGAUCUCGACUACAACGGCUGAGAGGCUCCCUUCGAGCAAAAACGAUGCCCACCGCCGAAGACGUGACACCAUUUCCCAUGGAGUUGCGGUCACCUCCUGCUGUCCAAAGCGCUCGAUAUGACCCAGUCAAGGUUCGACCUCCUGGUGCGCCAAUACCAGCCAGUGCGACAACGGAGGUGGAGGGAUUCAGAGUGCCAAUUCCCAGUCCUCCAGCUUCAGCCGGACCGGGUCUGAAAGGAAUCAUUGCCCGAUUCCGUGGUAAGCAGCGUGCCAGUGAGACAGGGGCAGAACCCGAUGUUCGAAGAAUGCGUGGACCAUUACCACAUCUUUCACCUACGAGCACUGACAACUUUCACUCUACUCCGUCUGGAUGGCCUUCCCAUUCGCUUAAUCGCUCACCCUCCGACUCUUCUCCUCCUGAAUCAGCAGGAUACCUUCGCUCUCCUUCGUCAGCUACGACUCCCACUCACCUUGAUCAAUCCACUAUGGCCUCUCGCCAAGUCACUGCGCCUCUUUACAGUCCACGUCAUCACGUUUUACCCAGCAUUGAGACAACAUCUGCAGACGAAAACGAUGCCAUAAGGCAAUUAUUCGAUGCAGCGUCGAAUCUAGGGUUGGAUCAAGGCGCUCUCAACGAUCUUUUAGCCCGAUCUGGUUCAACGCGAUCAACAGACUGGGCUGGACUAAGUCGCAACAACUCCAAGAGUGCUAGUCGUCCAGGGAACCACAAAAGCCAUAUUCCGUCUGCACCCCCUCCGCCUCCUCCAGAAACCCCGCCGCAACCUGACCAUCUACGCCGUCCAAAAGAAGGAGGGAACGAAAAGAGCCCAGUUGUUCGCAGGACCAUCAUAUAUGCCUCUGACACUAGAGCUUCAACGAUAGACGUUAGUGCGCUGGUAAGGAAGCAAUCUUCGCGUCGUCGUAGAGCAAGCGCCACUUCUGUCUCGAGUCGCUCUAUCCAUGAUCGUGUACCUACACCACCACCAGUCAAAAGCGCAUCAGGCCGCCGUUUCUCAACUGAUAACCCACCUGUCCCCCUGUUACCCGGGUCCAAACCCAAUCGUCUGUUGAUACCCCCAGUCCCAAAUACCGGCUCCAAUUACGACUCUUUGUAUGACAUGUAUGCCGAGAAGCCGGGCCUUUCACCUGCUACUGAUCGCGGCCCGACUGUUCCGGAGCCGUUGCCUGCCGUCGAAGUUGUCGAGUUCGAGAAUGGAGAGACAAUCUGGUCAAUCGUUAACGGCUUACGAGAUGCGGACGAUUAUGCUGAAGGCUUUAAUCGCACAAGUUUUGGGUCGGAUUACUCAAUCCGCGACACAGGCAAUGACGGAAUGCAAGUCUUCUUUCGGGAGCAUGGGCGAAAGAACAGUGGCUCUUCAUUCUUACAACGCAAGAAGACACUCACGGCUGCGGCCAAGUCUCGGCCUGAAACUAAGGUGUAUUAUAGCUCCCCAACAGAGAUUGGUCGCCUCAUAGAGACCAUCUCCUCAGGAACAGAGGCAGGGUCGUUCAAUAUCCUUGCCAACCGGCCUGUUCAUUCCGCGGCCUCUUCGGUGUCAGAGGCAGACUGGACAGUGGAAGACCGCAUUGAGCAUUUGCUUGCGGGUGUCCGGCGAUGA